AUGACGAUCUGUACUUAUAACGCACGCACUUCUGCAUCGGAAGCGGUCAUCGAAGAUCUGAUGAUGCAAGCCAAAAAGAUUGAGUACGACGUCAUCGUACUGACCGAGAUGAGACGACGUCAACCUCUCAACGCCGUAUAUGAAACUGGAGAAGAACUGUUUUUAGGAACAUGCGACAGUAGAGGUGUUGGUGGAGUUGGCGUCCUCGUCAACCCAGUAUGGCGGAGAACGUCGACUCCUUCAAACAACUUACGACCCAAAUCGGCCUACGAAAAAGAAGAGGUCGGAGCUUUCUAUAUGGACCUGGAGAAGUAUUACCGAGAAGAUCAUGCUUUCUACAAGGUCAUAGUUGGUGAUUUCAACGCUAAAGUACGCCUGUCUCUUGAAACUCUUGAGCUGAUACGCCAGCGUGGAGCAACACGAGCCGCAGGGAACCUAGAACUCACGUCCGAGCUCGCAAGGCUUUGCAGAGAGGCGAUAAAGGAAGACCUUAAAGAGAGAAGAACAGAAGUGCUGGCUGAAGCUGCAGAGGCGAGGAAAAGCACCCGCUAUGUCCGUCGAAACUUCGCCGGUCGCAAGACGAGCAUGACCGCUCUCCGGAACCCGAAGGGAACAGCCGUUGCAUCGAGAAGGGGGAUGGAGAAAAUCAUCUACGACUUCUACUCUGAUCUCUUCGACAGCCAUGUCCACUUGCCUCCUCACCAUCUGAGGGAAGAUGGACAAGUCAUUCCAGAGGUCCUCCCGUCCGAAAUACGACAUGCUAUCAUGUCGGUAUCACGAGAGUACAAAAUGCCGCUCUGUCUCACCUUCAUCGACUUGAAAAAGGCCUUCGACUCAGUUGAGACGGAAGCGGUAGUGGAAGCCUUGGACAACCAAGGCGUCCCUACUCAGUACAUAAAGUAUCAGCUAAGCGAAACGAAUGCUCACCGAAAUCGACGAAACAUGUGGAUGAUAUUCAUGCGCAAAGGAUGGGUCCCGGAUGCCCCAUUCACGCUCAACGGAACGAACAUAUCCGAAUAUACCAGCUACGUUUAUCUGGGUCGGGAAAUGAACAUGAUGAACGACAUGACCCCCGAGCUGGGCAGGAAGAGACGAGCGGCUUGGGGACCGUAUAAGAGCAUCGAGGAUGUAGUGAAGAAGACCAGGAACACCCGGCUCCAUGCUCACUUCUUCAACACCAUCGUACUUCCUGCUUUGACCUAUGCUUCGGAAACCAGGGCAUUUCGCAAGCAGGAAGAAAACGCUGUGAGCGUCAUUGAACCCGCAAUUGGGAGAGUGAUGCUAGGAGGAUCCCGUUUCACGCAAGUGAUGAACGGGAUUCAAAGUUCUCUCCUACGUCAGCGAUCGAAGGUUAGAGAUGCCGCCGUGUUUGCCAAAGGAAGUAAAUUAAGGUGGGCCGGACACGUGGUGCGCUUUAACGACAACCGUUGGACCAGAGCCGCGAGCGACUGGGUUCCCCGCGAUAUUAAGCGCACUAUUAGAAGACCGCCGACCCGAUGGUCAGAUUUUUUCACGAAGUCCUUCAAAGGAAAUUAUGAUGCUCUUCGUGUCCUACGCGAAAAGGGGAACCACUGGGCGACUCUGGCACGCGAUCGAAACAAGAAUAACAGACGCCCGUUCGACCAGUUCGAAGAUCAACGGGAGUCAAGGUGA